AAGGGUCUGUAUCGACAAGCGAUAUUUUAGAACAAAAAGGCGGGAUUGUGUGCAUGAUAGAAUCGUUUGUUGUUGAAAAAUAAUUUAGGCAAUGCAAAAGUCAAUAACGUCGUUUUUUAAACCAAAAGCUGAACCCCAAAGCUCAUCUCCUGAUGAAGCUGAAAAUAGAAAAAAGAGAAAAGUUGAGAACAAUAAUCAGAAGACUGAGAUUACUAAAGAUGAUGAAAGUAAAGAGUUGCCGAAGAUUAAGAAAACUGAUGUAAAGGAAGAACCGUCGAAGAUUAGAAAAGAAGAUGUAAAGGAAGAGAUGUCGCCGGUUAAGUCCGAAGCAAUGGACGAAGACACGGAUACAGCUCCCAGUAAGCCUAAAAUGAUCAAAUUGAACACAGAAGUGGAUGAGAACGAGGGUUCAGAUGUCUACGACCCAUCUAUGGACUCCUAUCAUCCAGUGAAAGAUGCUUAUUGGAAAGCUCAAGGCUUGACGCCAUACUUGGCCUUGGCCCGUACGUUUCAAGUCAUCGAGGAGACGAAGGGACGCUUAAAAAUGAUUGAUAUACUGAGCAACUUUUUUUGUUCGGUGAUGCUGGCCAGUCCGGAUGACUUGUUGCCCAGUGUAUAUCUUAGCAUCAAUCAGCUGGCACCUGCCUAUGAGGGACUCGAGCUUGGAGUCGCCGAUACGACGCUGAUGAAGGCAAUUGCCAAAGCCACUGGACGAAACUUGGCGCAUAUUAAGUCCCAGACUCAUUUAAUUGGAGACCUGGGUAUUGUGGCAGAGCAAUCGCGGGUCUCGCAGCGCAUGAUGUUUCGUCCAAAGCCAUUAAGUAUACGCGGAGUGUUUAGUAAACUAAAGGAAAUCGCCACAACUUCAGGACAGUCGAAAAUGACACUUGUUUAUGAUGUGUUUGUUGCCUGUCGAUUUUCGGAGGCCCGUUUCUUCAUUCGCUCUCUCAUUGGCAAAUUACGCAUUGGCAUUGCAGAACAGAGUUUGCUGACAGCGCUGGCUGUUGCAUUAGUUAAAAAGAAUCAUAUCAAAGAUUGCAAAAUCAAUAAGAUAGGCGAUGUUUACAAGGAUGAAAUUGCUGAGACAACUCUAAUGCUGAAGACGACUUUUUGUCAGUGUCCGAACUAUGACAUCAUUAUUCCAGCCAUUUUAAAAUAUGACAUUAAGGAGCUGCAAACACGUUGCCCCAUGCAUCCUGGAAUGCCCCUUAAGCCUAUGCUGGCGCAGCCAACGAAGGGAGUUCAUGAAGUUCUGGAACGCUUCAGUGGCAUGCAUAUUACUUGUGAAUGGAAAUACGAUGGCGAACGGGCUCAGAUACAUUUAAAUGAUCUGGGUGAGAUGAGCAUUUUCUCUCGCAAUUCCGAGAAUAAUACUGAGAAAUAUCCGGAUCUCAUUGCCAGAAGCAAGUCGAUCCUUAAAACAGAUAAUGUCAAAUCGUACAUAAUCGACAGCGAAAUUGUUGCAUGGGAUGUGGAGCGGAUGCAAAUAUUGCCAUUCCAAGUACUGACUACGCGAAAGAGAAAAAAUGUUGAUAUUGCCACUAUUAAAGUUCAAGUGUGUGUCUACAUUUUCGAUCUACUGUACAUUAAUGGAGCUUCCCUCGUCACAAAGCCAUUAUCCGAGCGUCGAAAACUUUUAUUUGAACACUUUCAAGAAGUCGAAGGUGAAUGGAAAUUUGCCACCGCUCUCAACACAAACGACAUGGAUGAAGUUCAGCAAUUCUUAGAAGAAUCAAUAAAAGGCAAUUGUGAGGGUUUAAUGGUAAAAACUCUGGAUGAAGAGGCCACAUAUGAAAUUGCCAAGAGAUCAAGGAAUUGGCUGAAACUAAAGAAGGAUUACUUGUCGAAUGUCGGUGAUUCAUUGGAUCUUGUUGUCAUUGGAGGAUACAAAGGCAAAGGACGACGCACUGGAAUCUACGGCGGCUUUUUGAUUGCUUGCUAUGAUACGGAAAACGAAGAAUAUCAAAGCAUUUGCAAAAUUGGAACAGGAUUUACGGAUGAGGAUUUACGUGUACACUCGGAGUUCUUCAGUAAACACGUGAUCGACAGUCCCAAAUCAUAUUUCAGAUAUGAUUCCAGCUUGGAGCCAGACGCUUGGUUUGAGCCCGUUCAAGUUUGGGAGGUUAAAUGUGCCGAUUUAUCACUAAGUCCCAUUCAUAGAGCUGCUAUAGGAAUUGUCGAUGGAGAGCGUGGCAUAUCUCUCCGCUUCCCUCGCUUUAUACGCAUCCGUGAUGAUAAGAAUCCUGAAAAUGCGACAGAUGCUAAUCAAGUUGCCCAUAUGUACCAGUCUCAGGAUCAAGUGAAGAAUAACCAAAAACAAGCGAAUCCUAUGGACAUCGAGAAUGAUUUUUACUAAUAAUAAAUCAACACAUCAGAAUCAGCUACAA